GUCCUGUUAGGAGCCUUUGUGACUCAGUGUGUUAUAUGUACAUUAUAUAUAUCAUAUAUUUUUUUCUUUUACUAUAAGAGAGGACAUGGAGUAGGGGUGUGUGUGUGAAGAUAUUAAGACAUGUUUAAAUCACUGAGAGUUCUACCAUCUAAAGAAAAACACUGUUGGUAUAUUUUCUUUUGGCCUUUCUAAAAUUAGGAUUUGGGUUGGGUUGUUUUUUUUUUAAUGCAUAGUUACAGUUUUCCUAGACGUGCAAUUUAUCUUAUGAUAUCUAUCAUUAUGGCAUCGGCCCCUUGCAUGAGGUGGCAGACUCUUCGGAGCAUUGUUUUUAUGGACUCCCUGGGGUCCCCGGAGAGCCAGCAGCUGACUGGAGUGGGUCGGGCAGCUCCGGGCCUGGAGUCGGGAGGCCGCAGCCCGAGCAUCGGCUGCCACGCCUCACGGGGGAUUCUAAGGACAAGUCGCUGCACACUCCCUUCAUCACUGAAGUGAGGCGUUGCACGCCCACUCUGGGACCUUCCAACAUCAAAUAAGCAAAGUCCUUGUUAACUGUAAAGGGCUGUGCCCUGGCAGGAAUUUUCCUUAUCUUCCCUCAGUCUCCUCCUGGGAAAGUUCUGCCCUCCUGUCGGCCCCUGAGCCUUUUCUAAAGGCCUUCUUCCAGCGACAGUGGCUGAGCCCAGCGUCUCUGCGACUCAUGAAUGUGCCCUGCUGUAUGUUCCUCCAAAGGGGACACUUCCUCUGAGCAGAACACAGGCUCUGACUUUCAAAGACCACCAGCCCACACCUCUGCCUUUGCCCACUUCUGGGUCCAAAGUUGUGAGGCCUUUCAGGGAUUUUUUCCUUUCUCUUUUCCCAACACCCUGGGAUGCCCCUGAGAGUCUUCUGGGCUCUGCCGUGACCUCAGGAAAACCCUAGGGCCAUUAAAUACUAAAUAUCUUGGCGCCUGCGCCAUCACAGCAGUCAGUGCAGCUAGAGUUUGGCCCUCGGACUCUGGACACCUACCUCUUCUCUUCCCGUAAACACACAGAAGUAUACAUUCCACUGGAACCAAGUCAAUCGUGAGGUUCCAAAGGCAAGAGCUGAGUUCCCAGCUCCACCACCUGCCUUUCCCCCAUGCUUAGUUUCCUGCGCUCUAAAAUGGACUGAGGAUUGCACGUGAGAGAACGUAUGUUCAGCGCCAGCACCUGCCCCCACCAUGCUGUGGCCCCUGCUGCUGUUGCUGGCUGUGCGCUGGGUCCAGACGACCCGACCAUGCUUCCCCGGGUGCCAGUGCGAGGUGGAGACCUUCGGCCUCUUUGAUAGCUUCAGCCUGACGCGAGUGGAUUGCAGUGGCCUGGGCCCCCACAUCGUGCCCGUGCCCAUCCCUCUGGACACAACCCACCUGGACCUGUCCUCCAACCGACUAGAGACAGUGAACGAGUCGGUGUUGGCAGGGCCAGGCUAUACCACGCUGGCCGGCCUGGAUCUCAGCCACAACCUGCUCACCAGCAUCUCGCCCACUGCCUUCUCCCGCCUUCGCUACCUGGAGUCGCUCGACCUCAGCCAUAACGGCCUGGCAGCCCUGCCUUCGGACAGCUUCACCAGCUCACCCCUGAGUGACGUGAACCUCAGCCACAACCGGCUCCGUGAGGUCCCAGUGUCCGCCUUCAGUACCCACAGCCAGGGCAGGGGGCUGCACGUGGACCUGUCCCACAACCUCAUCCACCGCCUCCUGCCCCACACCGCUCGGGCCAGCCUGCCCGCACCUACCAUUCAGAGCUUGAACCUGGCCUGGAACCAGCUCCGCACCGUGCCUGACCUCCGGGACUUGCCCCUGCGCUACCUGAGCCUGGAUGGGAACCCGCUGGCUGCCAUUGGCCCAGGGGCCUUCACGGGACUGGCUGACCUGACACACCUGUCGCUGGGGAGCCUGCAGGGUCUCCCCCAACUGGAACCCUACGGUUUCCGUGAGCUGCGCGGCCUGCAGGUCCUGGACCUGUCGGGCAACCCCAAGCUCAAGUGGGCAGGAGCUGAGGUGUUCUCAGGCCUGGGCUCUCUGCAGGAGCUGGACCUGUCGGGCACAGGCCUGGUGCCCCUGCCUGAGACACUGCUCCUCCACCUCCCGGCGCUGCAGAGCGUCAGUGUGGGGCAGGGUAUGCAGUGCCGGCGCCUGGUGCGGGAGGGUGCCUACCCCCGGCAUCCUGGAGCCGCCCCCAAGGUGGCCCUGCACUGCACGGACAAGGGGGGACAGGCUUCCAGUGGCCCCAGCACCUUGUGACAAAUGGUGUGGCCUGGGGCCACAUCACAGACUGCAGCCCUGGGCCAACUCGGGUCCUGGGCAAUUUGUACGUUAAUGUGCCAGUGCCAGUGGGGACUCUGCGGGCCUCUGUGGCAGCAUCACUGACAGAUGGCUGUGGGCCUGGGACUAACCCCAGGGGCAAAGUCUUGCUCCUUUGUCUAUAUUGUCCCCAAACCAUGAGCAGAGGGUCUUGGAUGCCAAACCAGACAGCAGUCCCCUGCUGUCCUUCCCUCCACUCCACCAUGAAGUGCCUUCCUUCCCUCAAGCCUGGACCAGCCUGACUGAUAAGAGGAGGGUUAGAGGUCAGCUCCCUGGCUCAGUGCCACUUUGGGCCCGUGGUCCAGUCACUCAGGAGCAUGGGUUACCUUUGAUCUGGGCGCAUGAGGCCCACUUUAUCCUUUUCUCUUCCCCUAGGACCCUGGGUAGAGCUUCAGUUAUAAAAAGGACAGACAAAAAUCAAGUCCACCUCUUCAUGUGGCAGGUGGGAGCACUGAGGUGGAGAGAAGGAAAAUUGCUAAUCGGAGGGGCCCCAGCGGCAGAGGCACGACUGGACCCGUGUCCUGCCUCCCAGCCAGGGCCCUAUGCACUUUGCUGUCUUCUCUUAAUCAUGUCCUCCUGCCCCCCUUUCUGGACUCCCCUUUUGUACCACAACUCACAUACUGUCAUAUAUGCCCUUUUUCUGUCAUCUUGGGGACAGGCAAGGGCCACCACGGUAGGACUCUGGGCCCUCUGACCAGCUGUGUUGCAUGGGCUGAGUCUCCACCUCUCAGAGCCUCUGGAAGCUUCAGGCAUACCAUCCAGUCUCACCUGCCAGUUUCCCACCCUGGGGUGGGGUCCCCCAGCACCCAAACUGGAAACAUCCCCGUGAAUCUUCAGGCAUUGCCUCCAGAUGCUCCCCUAAGAGGCUGAUGUGAUCCUGGAGCCCCGCUUGGCCACAAGCAAGGAGGGGCCUCUCGGAUUCAGCUCGCGCUGGUCCAGAGCCCAAGCCCAUCUCACCCCACUGAGUGCAGUGGAAGGAGGCAGGCAGUUUGCACCAGACUUGUAUGUGCCCCACCAGGGUGGCGUGUCAGCUUCCCAGCCCUAGGCGCUUUCCUUAGUGCUCAUUUUAUACAGUUGUUGCCUUUUUAAUGGACUGACACUUUCAACCAGCUCCAGACCCCUACCCCUGCUGGCUGGGGAUGGAAAGUGUCAUUUGUAAAAGAAAAAAGUUGCAUUUGUUCACUUUUGUAAUAGGGUGUCCUGGAGAUGUGUUGGGGGAGGAGGUGCGGGGCGGAAGCCAGCCAUCAGUGGCCAUGUGGGCAUGCGGGGCUGGUCCCACAGAGAUGCCCACAGGACAGUGAGAGCUCUGUCCUCCCACACCAGUCCUUCCCAACACCUUACUCGUCCUUGGUUUAAUAAACAUUUAUAAAGAGUCCCUCUUUCUACCA